UUGGAUCACGUGACGGAUCAAGUGAUCACCAGGCCCGCCCCGCUUCCUUCCGGUAUAAAUUCUGGUCGCACCGUCUCCUUCGGCACGUGUUGUUGCCGCGUUUGUUCCCAACUUGUCCGCGGACCCCUGCCGCCUGCAGCCAUGGCACCCGGCCAGCUCGCUUUAUUUAGUGUCUCUGACAAAACUGGCCUUGUGGAGUUUGCCAGGAACUUAGCUUCUGUUGGUUUGAAUCUGAUCGCCUCUGGAGGGACUGCAAAAGCCCUCAGAGAUGCUGGUUUGGCAGUCAGAGAUGUAUCUGAGCUAACUGGAUUUCCCGAAAUGCUAGGGGGGCGUGUAAAAACCUUGCAUCCUGCAGUCCAUGCUGGAAUUUUGGCUCGUAAUAUCCCAGAAGAUAGUGCUGACAUGGCCAAACUUGAUUUCAAUCUUAUAAGAGUUGUUGUUUGUAAUCUGUAUCCCUUUGGGAAGACAGUGGCUUCUCCAGGUGUAACUGUUGAAGAGGCUAUUGAACAUAUUGAUAUUGGAGGAGUGACUCUGCUAAGAGCUGCAGCCAAAAACCACGCUCGAGUGACAGUAGUGUGUGAGCCGGAGGACUAUGCAGCUGUAGCCUCAGAGAUGCGGGACUCUGACAGCAAAGACACGUCCUUGGAGACAAGACGCCAAUUAGCCUUGAAGGCUUUUACUCAUACAGCACAGUAUGAUGAAGCCAUCUCAGAUUACUUCAGGAAAGAGUACAGUAAAGGGGUAUCUCAGAUGCCCCUGAGGUAUGGAAUGAACCCUCAUCAGACUCCUGCCCAGCUGUAUACCCUGAAGCCCAAGCUCCCUAUCACAGUUCUGAAUGGAGCCCCUGGAUUUAUAAACUUGUGUGAUGCUUUGAACGCCUGGCAGCUGGUGAAGGAGCUCAAAGAAGCUUUAGACCUUCCAGCCGCUGCAUCUUUCAAACAUGUUAGCCCAGCAGGUGCUGCUGUUGGAAUUCCACUCAGUGAAGAUGAAGCCAAAGUCUGCAUGGUCUAUGAUCUGCACAAAACCCUCACACCCAUAGCCACUGCAUAUGCAAGAGCAAGAGGGGCUGAUAGGAUGUCUUCGUUUGGUGACUUUGUUGCAUUAUCUGAUGUUUGUGAUGUCCCUACUGCCAAGAUUAUCUCCAGAGAGGUAUCUGAUGGUAUUAUUGCCCCGGGAUAUGAAAAUGAAGCUUUGAAAAUACUUUCCAAAAAGAAAAACGGGAAUUACUGUGUUCUUCAGAUGGACCAGUCUUACAAUCCAGAUGAAAAUGAAGUUCGAACUCUCUUUGGUCUUCGUUUAAGCCAGAAGAGAAAUAAUAGUGUUGUUAACAGGUCACUGUUUAGCAACAUUGUUACCAAGAAUAAAGAUUUGCCGGAAUCUGCAUUCAGGGACCUCAUUGUGGCCACUGUUGCUGUCAAGUACACUCAGUCUAACUCUGUGUGCUAUGCCAAGAAUGGGCAGGUUAUUGGCAUCGGAGCAGGACAGCAGUCUCGUAUACACUGCACACGCCUCGCAGGUGAUAAGGCAAAUUAUUGGUGGCUUAGACAUCACCCACAAGUGCUUUCCAUGAAGUUUAAACCUGGCGUGAAGAGAGCAGAAAUCUCCAAUGCCAUCGAUCAGUAUGUUACUGGAACUAUCGGCGAGGGUGAAGAUUUGAUCAAGUGGAAGGCCCUGUUUGAGGAGGUCCCUGAGCUGUUAACCGAGACAGAAAAAAAGGAAUGGGUUGACAAACUUAAUGAAGUUUCCGUCAGCUCUGAUGCCUUCUUUCCUUUCCGGGACAAUAUAGACAGAGCUAAAAGGAGUGGCGUGGCCUACAUCGCUGCCCCUUCCGGUUCUGCCGCUGACAAAGUUGUGAUCGAGGCUUGCGAUGAGCUGGGAAUAAUCCUUGCUCACACGAAUCUCCGGCUCUUCCAUCACUGACUUCAUCAAUACAUUAUUUUAUACCCUGCUUGUGUGUAGGUGAAAAAUCAUGUGUGGAAUUUUGAAAAUAACCUUUUUUAAAACUAAAGCAUAAAGUUUUCAUAAUCUUCAGUCUACACUGUCUUAGUUAUAGGCACUGUCUUUAUUAUUGUAACUUAAUAGUAAAUUGUGAAAUUGGGUAGUGUGAGUCCUUCACAGUAGUCUUUUGGAAAGAUUUCUUGGCUAUGUCCAGGUCCUUGGCAUUUCCAUAUAAAUUUUAGAAUCAGUUAGUCUCUGUUUUUACAGGAAAAAACCUCUUGAGAUUUUAAUUGGCAUUGCAUUGAAUCUGUAGAUCAAUUUAUGGAGAACUGACGUACCAUCUUCUCUCUCUUUGAAGAUUGAUCCCCUUUGGUUCCCACCAGCUUUUAGUUGCUUUACAGGAGCUUCAAAUAGACCUUUUAAAUAUUUUCGGCCAGUGUUCAUAAUUACCUGCAGGAGGAUUAGUCCAAAAAUUUACACCAAUAAAUAUAAUAAUUUCUAAUAAUUGGUUUAGCUUAAAUAGCUUUUAUAUUUCUAAGUAAUUUCUAGCAAAGUAUUUUUUUCCCCUCUAGGAAUUUGACUGUUUUAAGUUUUCAAAAUUGUUAAUUAGCAUAUAGUUGUAAGCAGUUUUCUGAAUUUUUGAAAGAUCUUUAUUAUGGAUGUUUUGGGAUGAACACAAAAUAGUAAAAUUCUACGUAUCUAUAA